AUGCUGGGCUUAAGCGGGUUCUUGGCAGCUACCCUGGCUUUUCUCCUGGUUUGGCAGUAUCUGAAGCUGAGAUGGUUGAGCCGGCAGUACCCACCCGGACCCACCCCCCUGCCCAUCAUUGGGGGUCUCUGGCGCUUGGACUUCAGGAUGAAACAAGAAAUGUUCACCAAGAUCGCAAAGGAUUAUGGAAAUAUUUUCACCUUGUGGGUGGGCCACAAGCCUAUGGUUAUACUGAACGGGUACCAGGCAGUGAAAGAAGCGAUGUAUACCCAUGGCGAACAGCUGACCGGAAGACCAAUAACUCCUUUCGUUGCUGCUACCAUGAAGGGAAGAGGAAUUCUGUUUGCCAGCGGACACACCUGGAAGCAACAGAGGCGUUUUUCGAUGAUGACUCUGCGGAAUUUAGGCUUGGGGAAAAAGAGUAUGGAGUACCAGAUCCAGCAGGAGGGGCAGCACCUGGUGGAAUCCUUUGUGAGCGAAAAAGGCAAACCCAUGGAUCCAACUUUCUUCAUCACCUGCUCUGUCUCCAAUGUGAUCUCGGCUGUGCUGUUUGGACACCGCUUUUCUUAUGACGACAAGACGUUCCAAAGCUUGGUCCAAGCGAUUGGUUUUAUGUUUCGUUUUAUGCCCAGCCCGUUCCGUAUUGCAUAUGAUAUUUUCCCACGGCUCAUGUCCUACCUACCAGGACCUCACCAGAAGGCUUUUGGUUGCUUGGAAUUUGGCCAUUCCAAGGCCAAGGAGGAAAUCACAAACCACAAGGAGACCCGGGACCCCCUUGAUCCACAGGAUUUCAUCGACUACUACCUGGAUCAGAUUGAAAAAACCAAAGAUGACCCCAACAGCACAUUUGAUGAAGACACCUUGCGCCAGCUAAUUAUCGACUUCUUUGCAGCUGGGACAGAGACAUCCACCACGACACUUAGAUGGGCCCUGCUCUACAUGGUCGCUUAUCCUGACGUCCAAGAGAAACUCCAGAAGGAGAUCCAUACAGUUCUCGGACCUUCUCACGUGAUCUGUUAUGAGGAUCGGAAGAAACUGCCUUACAGCAAUGCUGUGCUUCACGAGGUUCAACGUUACAGCAAUAUUUUGCUAGUUGGGUCUUUCAGAGAAUGUGUGGAGGACAUAAACUUGCUAGGCUAUCACAUAAAGAAGGGUACUGUGGUCAUCCCAGAGGUAUCAUCUGCCAUGUGUGACCCUGAGCAGUGGGAGACCCCUUUUCAGUUCAACCCAAAUCAUUUCCUGGAUAAAGAUGGACAUUUCUUUGCCAGAGAAGCCUACCUUCCAUUUUCUGCAGGACCUCGUGUGUGUUUGGGAGAGCGAAUAGCAAGGACAGAGCUCUUCAUUUUUUUCACCAACAUUAUGCGGUCUUUUAAAAUCCAGCUGCCAGAGGGUGUGAAGCAUGCCAACACAGAUCCCAUUUAUGGGGGGCUGGUUUUGCUGCCCCGCCCAUAUAAGAUUUGUGCUGUUCCUUACUAG